AAAUCAUUUCCGGUUUCUUCAAUGAAACACACAAAAGAGCACAGGCGAUAGAUAGCCUUAGCUUUUCUUUUGUUAGACGGUUGUCUGAUGACGGGUUUGAGGUUUAGCUAAAGGUUUGACUGUUUUUAAAUAAAAAUGUCUUCAUUUUAGCCUCGGAGAGAGUUUAUGAAAGAGCUGGUAACUGAAGAAACAUUCACAGAGUUGAAAGAAAUCAAUGUCAAGAUGGAGGAAGAGAUGGAGGAUCAGCGCGGACUGAUGGACUUCAGCCGGAUACCGAAGAUCAUCUUACACCGAAUAGAUCUCCCACAAUGCUGUAAAGAGGAGGAGGUUCUGAAUGAGCUCAGCAACCCGGAAGAAAAAUCCACUUUGGAUCAAGAGGAACCGGAACCUCUGCAGAUAAAACAGGAACGAGAGGAACCAGAACCUCUGCAGAUAAAACAGGAACGAGAGGAACCAGAACCUCUGCAGAUAAAACAGGAACGAGAGGAACCAGAACCUCUGCAGAUAAAACAGGAACAAGAGGAACCAGAACCUCUGCAGAUAAAACUGGAACAAGAGCAAACAGAAACUCUACAGAUAAAACAGGAACAAGAGGAACCAGAACCUCUGCAGAUAAAACAGGAGCAAGAGGAACCGGAACAUCAAGAGUUCAAAGAGGAAGAGAAGCAACUCUGCAUCAGUCAGGAUGAAGAGCAUGUUGUGCUGAAACAGGAGACUGAUGACAUGUUGGUGAACAAACAGCAGAAAGGCACAACUGAGACUUCAGAACAAGAAACACAAAAGAAAGCUCAACCAAACCAAAAUCUAUAUUUUUGUAAAAUUUGUGAUAAAACCUUUUCUCGAAAAAAUUCUUUCAUGGUACACGUGAGAACUCACACGGUCAAGAAACCUUUCAAAUGUUCAACCUGUGGAAAAGAUUACCCUCACAAGAGUCGUUUAAUUUAUCACAUGAGAAUUCAUACAGGUGAAAAACCUUUCACAUGUACAGCUUGUGGAAAAAGUUUCCGGAGGAAACCUGACUUGGUUAGUCACAUCAGAGUUCACACAGGUGAGAAGCCAUUCUCAUGUGGAAACUGUGGAAAAAGUUUCCGGAGAAAACCUACCUUGGUUCGUCACAUCAGAGUUCACACAGGUGAGAAGCCAUUCUCAUGUGGGACCUGUGGAAAACGUUGUGCUCACAAGAGUCGUUUAAUUGAACACAUGAGAAUUCAUACAGGUGAAAAACCUUUCACAUGUGCAGCUUGUGGAAAAAGUUUCCAUCACAGUGGCACUUUAAACAGACACAUGAGAACUCACUCAGGUGAGAAGCCUUACAAGUGCACAACCUGUGGAAAACGUUUUGUGUCUAAAUCUGAGUUAGUUGGUCACAUGACGAUUCAUACAGGUGAGAAGCCUUUCUCUUGUGGAAACUGUGGAAAAAGUUUCCGGAGGAAACCUGACGUGGUUCGUCACAUCACAAUUCACACAGGUGAGAAGCCAUUCUCAUGUGGAACCUGUGGAAAAUGUUUCACUCUUAAAAAUAUUUUAACUGCUCACAUGAGAACUCACACAGGUGAAAAACCUUUCUUAUGUGGAACCUGUGGAAAAAAUUUCACCUAUAAAAAAUAUUUAAAUAUUCACAUGAGAAUUCACACUGCUGAGAAGCCUUUCUCAUGUGGAAACUGUGGAAAAAGUUUCCGGAGGAAACCUGACUUGGUUCGUCAUAUCAGAAUUCACACAGGUGAGAAGCCAUUCUCAUGUGGGACCUGUGGAAAAAGUUUCACUCUUAAAAUAACUUUAACUGCUCACAUGAGAACUCACACAGGUGAAAAACCUUUCUCAUGUGGAACCUGUGGAAAAAAUUUAACUUAUAAAAAAAGUUUAAAUAUUCACAUGAGAAUUCACACUGCUGAGAAGCCUUUCUCAUGCAAGAUCUGUGGAAAAAGUUUCCGGCGGAAACCUGACUUGGUACGUCACAUCAGAAUUCACACAGGUGAGAAGCCAUUCUCAUGUGGGACCUGUGGAAAAAGUUUCACUCUUAAAAAAAGUUUAACUGCUCACAUCAGAAUUCACACAGGUGAGAAGCCAUUCUCAUGUGGGACCUGUGGAAAAAGUUUCACUCUUAAAAAAAGUUUAAAUAUUCACAUGAGAAUUCACACUGCUUAGAAGCGUUUCUCAUGUGCGACCUGUGGAAAAUGUUUUGCUGUAAACCACCUUUUACAAUUUCACAUGAAGACUCACACAAGAGAGAAAUCUAUGUCAUGUGGGACCUGUGGGAAAGGUUUCUCUCAAAAAUACCUUUUAACUUUUCAUCAGAAUUCACACAUGUGAGAAGUAGCUGUGCAAUGAUUUAUCAGCCAGCCGAUUAAUUUGUGUUGAAAUCCUUAAUUGUGGGACGUUGGUGAUCAGCAGAUACAAGCAUGUGAAGCCGAUCUGAUCCUCCAAUUUUAUUGACCUGAGCUUUUCUCCUGUUCUCCUUUGUUGAGAGGUUUGACUAUUAGACCUGCCCACCAGGUCAUGUCUGCACAUUUGCAAUCUGUGCACCCUUGGUGAAAAGCGAGGAAAUUGUUUUGUGUGUAGAUCCAGUUUUAGUCAUCACAUGAAGAUUCACACGGGUUAGAAGCCUUUCUUUUAUAGGUGCUGUAAAAAAAGUUUCACUCAUUGGAAAUGUUCACCGUUCACAUGAGAACUCACACAGGUUUGGUGGCACAAUGUAACUUUCUGUUUGGAAGUGGUGUAAUUGGAACCGACACAUUUUAUUUCCAUU